GGCGCCUUUCAUGUCGAGCAGAUGUCAACUUUCCAGAGAGAAAAUGACGCUGCCAAAUCUCUUUUCAAGAGGCUCGAGUCUGCAGUUACUCCCAUUGUGUCCGGGGAGUACAGUCAUCAUCACCGGGACAGAGCAGCCAUGGCAUCCCGGGUCUCCUUCACCCAACUGCGACUGGAAGCAGAGCUGGAGCGGUACCGGGCCGAGUGUCAGUGGGGAAAGAUACUGGCGAUGGUCGAACAGAUGCACGCGGCGCGGAUCCACGAGGACGAUGAUUAUGGGACGCUGCUGAUGGCUGAAGCCCUGCUGGAAGAGUGCAUACUGGAAAACAUAGAUCAGUUACGGAGCUCCACGCCUUUGAUGGACAAGACUCAGCCCAGACUUUCCAAGGCCAAAGGCUACAUCAACACCAUCCUGAGCCGAGGCCGUCUCUCACCCAGGUACUUGAAUGAGGCCCUGCUGCUCAUGGCUAAGGUGCACUAUGUUCAGGGCCGCUACAGGGAUGCCCAGGGAAUGUGUGCAAGGGUGGGACUGGAGGAGCUGACGCAGGACGACCAGCCCACCUACCACCUUCGCUUACUGGCUGAGGCAUUUGUCAUCAAAGGUCUGUCCCUGGACCACCAGACUCUGUCUACUGUGUCCCGCAUCCGUCUUCUAGAGAGAGAGGAGGAGAGUCUGACCUGUUUCCUCAGGGCCUGUGACGCAGCUCUGUCCUACCUGCAGGAACUUGAUAAGGUGGUAACAACACCGCAUCCCAAGACAACCAAAACCAGCCUCCUUCAUUCAGCUAUGGAUAUGGACCUGGGCUACUUCCUGCAGGCUGCUCUACAGAGUGCUUACCUUUGUUUGCUACAAAGAGGUCAUCUUGCACAGGGGGCUCACCAGUUGCGCAGAGUGCUCAGGGUGGUGGAGUCACGAGGGUCUCAGAGCUUCAGGAAGUCUGCAGCGAGGAAGCUUGCGCAGGUGUUGCUGAGCUCUGUGAGUGAGGACAGCUACUGGCCCCCUCUGGGCCCCCCACCCUCAGUCUGGCUUCACCGAGAGGGAGCUGCCGCCUCCAAAGACGCCAUGUACCCCACUGUGAAACCACCACAACGUUACGGCAUUGACGGGUGCUUCUGUCCGCAGGACGUGGUAGAGGAGGCCGUGUUGCUGCUGCUCAUCACUGAGUCCAUGGCCAGUGGUGAGGCAGUGAUCAGCCGUCUGCCAGACCAGGCCGAGGCCCGGGAGGCCAGCCUGCAAGAUGCAGCCUCCGUCUACGACCUGCUCACCAUCGGCAUGGCCAGGAGGGGGCAGUAUGCCAUGAUGUCUGAGUGUUUGGAGCGAGCCAUGAAGUUCUCAUUCAACGAGUUCCACCUCUGGCACCAGCUGGGCCUGUCACUCAUGGCGGCCGGGAAGGGGGUUGGUGCUGUGUCUGUAUUUAAAGAGUGUGCCAGGAUGAGACCAGAGGACCCUUCAUUGCCCCUGCUGGCUGCCAAAAUCUGUAUUGGUGAACUGUACUGGUUCAAGGAGGCUGAAGCUCUGUCCCAGAGUGUGGUAUCUAUGGGGGAGGAAGCAGAGGCAUUUUUACCCAGGGCCUACCUGGCUCUGGGACUCUGCUUCAGUCACCAGGCUUCUGAAGCGACGCUGAAAGCAGAUCGGAAUGAAUUCAACAAAAAAGCACUGCAAGCUUUAAACAAAGCUCAUUCACUAGACCCCCAGGAUUCCCAGAUUUGUAUGUAUCUGGCUCUGCAGCUGGCUCUUGUCCGACAGGUAUCAGCAGCCAUGGAGCCCCUGCAGGCAGCUUUAUCACUCCGCGGGGAUGACUUGCACUCCCUCCACCUGCUCACCCUGCUGCUGAGCGCCCAGAAGCAUCACCGUCAUGCCCUGGACACCUUGGGCCUGGCCCUGAGCCAGCACCCUGACAACUUCAAUUUGCUGCUGACAAAGGUGAAGCUUGAAGAGACUAUGUUUGGGCCUUCUGCAGCGCUGCAGACCUGUGAGGAGAUGUUGCAACGCUGGCAAAGCCGUUAUGAUGUCAGCCGCUCCAGUGAAACAGAUGACAGCAGCAGCGUACCAGCGCCUGAGAGGACAGAGGUCAGCCCUGGAGUCAGGAAACCAUCCAUCCACCUCAACCUCCCCGACUUCCAGGACGGCUCCGUAGGUUCGCUCAGCCCGCCAUCAGUUGCAGUAUCUCGUCUGGAAGCGGCACUCUCUGAGGUGUCAGACAUGAGCUCCAUCCGUCGCCAAGGACCUACUUACAUCUGGACCACCCUGGAACGCAUCUGGCUACAGGCUGGGGAGCUGUUCAUGGUGGACAACCGGCUCAAGGAGGCCCAGUUCUGUAUAGCUGAGGCCAGCUCGCUCUUCCCCAAUUCUCACUCUGUGUUGCUGCAACGGGGCCGCCUAGCCGAGCUCCGGGGCCAACUGGAAGAAGCCAAGGGCCUUUAUGACGAGGUCCUGGCAAUCCAUCCCACAGGAGAGCGCAUACUGGUGCACAUGGGUCGGCUGCUGGUGAAAACUGGGCGAGUCCAUCUUGGAGAGAAGGUUUUGCGGGAUGCGGUUCAAAUCCACUGCACCUCCCACGAAGCGUGGAGUGGCUUGGGGGAGGCUCUGCAGGCUCAGGACUCCAGCCAGGCUCCGGAAUGCUUCUUGACAGCCCUGGAACUGGAGGCCUCCUGCCCCAUCCGACCCUUUACCAUCAUCCCAAGGGAGCUCUGAAUAGCUUGGGAAAAGGAGGCUGAAGUUUUUGGUUUGGGUUAACAAAUUGGCCUUUUAUUAGAAAAUCCAAUAAUUAAUUGUAACAUUAGUUAGUAAAUAAUAAAUUAUAUUUUGCCUAGGUAAAUAAAUCUUUGAGUUCUUACAAAGAGGGAGAUGGGGAAAUUGAUACCAAAUAUUCAUUAAAGCUGUAAAUAAAAGCAUCAGUGGUUAGUUUAACAAGUACCCCAUGUUAAAACAUGACACUUUAAAAUUUUCAUGUAUUAGUUUUCCCACUGAUUAGCAAAUCAGAUUUAGGUAAUGGUGAAAUUUAUUUAACUUGUACAAUGCCAGGCUAUGUUGUGUUCUUUCUAGCUAAGCUAAGCAAAACUAAGCUAACUGCGUCAGAAGAGAGUUACAUUCUUCUAAUUUCUUUAACAGGCACAUAUGCAAUCAUCAUUUUUCUCAUCUAAUAUUUCUCAAGAAAACACAUAAGUAUGUUUUCUAAAAUCCAUCAUGUAUAUUUUCAGGAAAUCUCGGUUUUAGUGAACAUAGUCUAUUUAUCCCUGUCCAUUAAUCUGACUGCAACUGAGUGUAAUGAGCUUCACAUGGUCAGGUUACAUUGCUAGGUAGCUAGCAUUUUCAUGGUAAUUUGAAAAUCUAUCUUCCUGAUCUCAAACUUUUAGUCUUAGCCAUGGAAACCUCACAAUCAACAGGGAAGUUUUAGAGAUCAGUGAUGACAGUUUCACUGACUGGCUUGGCACGGAGCAUUUUGUCAGCUUAAAUUAAUCUACCAAAGUUAAUUCAAACGUGUUCUGGUGAACACCUACUUGUUAAUAUAUAAGAACUGUGAAAUAAAAAAUAUUAAGCAUGGGGGGCAGUACAAUACAGAGCUGUUCUGUACUGGGAUGUUUCAGUACUACAAUGCACACAAGCUCACGUCUGAUCGACCAACAUCCAUCACUGGUCAGCACAUCUGAUUUUACUUCUGUCAAGUCUGACAAAGUGACUGUUAAGUUUUACCAGAUAAACACAUAAACACCAUGACUGUAGCCCCUCCCAUCAGCUGUCAUGGGGUCUGUUUUGAUCAUUGAAAUCAGGUGUCACGUCCUUAUUUUUGAGCCAACCUUAACCAUCUCGUUAUCUUGAGAAAACAAACUUUGUUUUCCAGUGAUAACAAAAUAAAUUAUCCUGUAACCUUGAAAUAACAAUUAAAAGAAAAUAGCCAAUAACGGCCGCUCUCGGCAUCCAUAUUUUACUCUGAACAAAAUGAACAGUUUUUCUCUUCUCAUUAAUCCUCUGCUGUUUAAGAAUGCAGCAACCAAUUUCUGCAAAUUUUGGCAUCCAGGAAAGCUGCAUUUAGGUAACAAAUGCAGCGCAGUUAGCUAGCUAGUAGCUAAGAACUCGGUUAUGAGUUCUCCGUUCAGGAAAAACAAGAUCACUUCAACAUUUACAGCAGAAAUGCCUUGAAUGAAAUUAAAUGAAAACGUCCGUGGAAGACAACUGGAACGCACUACUACAAUCUUCCUGUAUCAUGGAAUUAUGAUUUUAAACCUUUAAAUCCUGAGAGGAAAACUGAUUUUUUUAAAUUAAUAAAACAGCCCUAUGACACAAUUCACUAAGACAGACUUCUCCCCCUUUAAGCAUGCCUUAAGCAACUACUGUGUUGCAAAUGUGAACCUCAGGUUCAGUGGUGAUGUUGAGCAACAUUUCCUAUCCAAUCAUUUGUUGUGAGUUUUUUUUGUUUGUUUGUUUUUAACACAGAAGAAUGUGAAUUUAUCUCCUUAGUUUUAAUAGUAACUAUAAUGGAUUUCCACUUGUACAGGUUGGCCCAGAUUUAGCAUAUUAGCCACUUUCAGAGCAGUCAUAGACAUUAAGUGUUUGUAAGUGAACAAAUACCAGCGAUGUCCAAUAUUUGCUAAAAUAUGUUUUUUCCUUUUUAUUUUUUAUUUUUUUGUCUUUGUAUAGAGCCUGAUCUAUGUGAACAGGUAGUAAAAAUCAUCUAAAAAGCUGGAUUUACUUUACUGUGUUUGCAGCCUCCUUCUCUGUGACGUCACAUUUUUCUACACUUAUCACGACGAGUGCAAUUAAACCUUAAUAAUAAAAAGCUAGUUGGAGCUUUUUAUCACACCUCCUAUCCAAACUGAUUAAUCAUGAUGAAAAGUAAUAUUUUCAGCGGCUUAUUCCCAUUGGCGCUACGCUUUACACAACCACAGUGCACUUGUCAAGCUAAUUUGAACUGUCAUGGAAACAUGGCAUGCUGUAUAGCCGGAAAACACCAACUUCAUGUAUUAUUCCUUACUUAAUAUCCUGUCCAAUUUAAACACACUGAUGAAGCCAUUUUUGUUACAUAUCCCAUGUCUGAAAAGGGCUGCUGACUUUCACGAACAUUUCUGGCAUCUAUUUAUGAUUGGCUGUAGAUGUCUUUCCUUAAAUAUUGAUUAUUUUCAUGAAAAUGUUGGAUUUGUGCAGAAAAUAUGUGAAAGAGUUUGAGAUCUUUGCAGAUAAAAGUGAAUAUAAGUGCUGUAACUGAACUGUAAACAUCUCCUGUGGCGUUAUCAUUUAUUAAGUCAUAUUUCUGACUUAGUUUUGGAGAAAUGAGUGGAAAUGUUGUAAAUACUCAUUGGAAAUCACUUCCACUGUGCAGAAAUCACAAAGAUGUGCUGGUUACAUCAAGAAACAAAAUGUGCUGUACAUUGUUUUCUGUGUGUGUGACUGCCAGACGCAGCAGCUUUAAAUGCAUCUUAGUGUUUGUUUUUUCUCUAUGAUCAUGUUGAUUGAUGCAGCCUUUUUCAGCACAAGUUUCAUUCCGAAAAGGCACUAAAUAAUCAUUUCAUCUAGCAUAAUUUUGUGUGUGUUGUCACUCAGUAAACUUUUAGAUUUUGUAUCUUCAUGGAUGUGUGUUUGUUUAAAGUGAUCCCUCUGGGUUGUUAUCAGUCUCUGUUCUGUUUGUUCUCUACAGUAGGCCAUUCAUGUGUACGUGUUUUCUUUUUUGUUUUGACUCAUCUGUUCAAAAUGCUUUCAAAAAUAAAGAAUUGCUUU